AAUCGUGAUUCGGCCGAUUUUUUGAAUUGGGAAGCAAACGGCGCCGUUUCAUUGAUUCAGAAUCAAUGAACCCUAACUCCUCCGCAGCCCUAGCCUCCAGAACCAGAACGCGCUAGCUUCUCUCUGUCUCUCACAGAGAGUCCAGAGCUCCUGGUCCUCCCUCACUUCCGUCCAGCCACCGCCUGCUCCCUCACUUCCCCUUCAUCGCGCAGCAGCCGUCGCAACCUUCCAUCCCCUCCAUCGCGCAGCCACCGUGCGAACGUGGAAGCCUCCGUCGCGCAGUCACUUCCGUCGGCGCCAGCUCUGUUCCACUGCAGCCACUGCCUGUUCAAAGGCCGUUCGAAGCCCAUUCGAAGGUGAACCUUGUCGUGGUGUCUCCCUCUUGCGUGCUCUGUUCAAAGCUUCUAGCUUCUAGGAUCGGAUCAGUCAGUUCAACCAGUGAUCCAGUAGACUGAUCGGUUCGAUUCUGACACCUAUAGUUGCAGUUGAAUCCUUCCAUAAUCCACAAAGCCUUUUGCAGGCAAAGAUACGGUUCCGAGCAGCAGCAUCCAAGUGGGCUAUGUUCCACUACAUGGCUCUGCUGAAUCCUCCUCAUCCUCCCUCUAUCUUCUCUUCAUUCCCAUUCUUCACUCCUUCUUCACCGCAGUUUCUCAAAUUCCCCAGAAUCUGGAAGAACCCGCACUCUCUCCCCACAUCCUUCCAGUCCUUCAACGAAGAAGACGAACACGUUAUCGGCGACUGUCUCGUCUACGAGGAAGGAAUUUUCGAUGACCCCAUUUCGCAAAACCAGACCAAUUCCCACGCUGAUAAUUCUCUCACUCUCACCCCAACCAGAACCAAACCAAGUUCCAAGAAGCAGGUUGCUGAAAUUGCCACUGAAAACUUGGUUCCCGACAAAUGGAGGGAGGUUCAGGCGGAGCUCAACAUAACCAAGAAGGAGAGGCGCAAGAUUGCUCAGGAGAUGGAGUUCAACAGCAAGGUUAUGAAGAAGAGACAAGGCUUGGUUCCAUUGAGGGACAUGAACCUUGACGAGUAUAAGGCUUAUAAGGAGGCCAAGUUGGCACAACUGAAACCCCUUGUUCUCGAUAACCCUUCUGGUUUUCCAGUGAAAGAGGAAGGUUCCAUCAGAAAAGGAGGUGACUUGAAUUAUGGGUAUGAUAGUGGUGGUGGUGGUAGUUGGCGUGUAGAGCCUAAGAAUCCUAAGUGGGCUGUUUAUGGGAGGGGUUUGGACAAUGUCACUGAGUUUUUCAAUAGUGAGGACUAUGACCCUGCCAGUGCUGAUACUAAGAACAACGAAGGUCGCCGGAGGUUGUUCACUAAGGAGGAGAAGGCUUUAUUGAAUAAGCGAGUACCAGAUUUGGAAGCUGCUACUUCAGAUAAAUGGCUUCCGCUGCACACUCUUGCUGCAUGUGGAGAAUUCUACCUUUUAGAUUCUUUGAUCAAGCAUAAUGUAGAUAUUAAUGCUGUUGAUAAGGAUGGUUUGACAGCUCUUCACAAAGCGAUCAUUGGAAAAAAGCAAGCGAUUACUAACUAUCUCUUGAGAAAUUCAGCUAAUCCUUUCGUAUUGGAUAGAGAUGGGGCCACCUUGUUGCACUAUGCAGUACAAACAGCUUCUAGCCAGACAAUUAAAAUUCUCUUAUUGUACAAUGUGGAUUUAAAUCUUCAGGACAAUGAUGGCUGGACACCAUUACAUCUUGCCAUUCAAGCUCAGAGAACAGAUUUAGUUAGGCUUCUACUCAUUAAAGGUGCUGAUAAGACAAUAAAGAACAAGGAUGGUUUAACACCACUUGAUCUUUGCCUUUACUUUGGUCAAAGUCCCAGAACAUAUGAGCUAAUCAAGUUGUUGAAGUUGCCGCAAAGGCGCACAAGACUUGUGUCCAGGUAGGGCUAAUAAUCAAGAUCACGACAGAAAGAUUUGGCGCGAGUGAAAAUUUCCCAUGAUCUUGUAACACAUCCUUAUGGGGCGAAAUUUUCUGGUUUGCUCAAGGAGGAAGUGAUAAAGGACAUUAUGCAAGGAAGGCAAAGAUCACUCCAUGUAAAAUUGAUUCCUACAUGGAACAAAAGUGCAUGCGUGUUUAGAAGUUGGAACCAAUAUAGUCAUCAUAGGAGAGUGUGUGUGUAAGUGUUCAGUGUCGUGUAUCCAACUGCUUGAUACUCACUAAAUUCUAAUGCCAUUUUCUUUGCUCGUUUUU